CUGUAUGAUUAAACAAAUAAAUAUAAAAAAUAGCCAAGGAUUAGAUAAGAAUGUUAUUUAAAAAUUACAUCAAUUUAGGGUUUUUAUGUUUUUCAGUUGGCAUUUCGUGUGUCAAAUGAGGUUGACGUGGAGUGCGAGUUGUCAAAAUAUUCGUUAUAUUUAUUUAUUUUGUGUUUUUUAUUCUGUUAAAAUACCCUUAAGCUAAUAUGUCGUCAAUAAACAAAGACCCUGACCCGGGGGGGUCACAGGGGGCCUCGAAUCGCGAAAUUACCGAUCUUAAGGAUCAAAAUGAGCAACAACAAGUUUUAAUAGCCCAAUUGAAGGAAAUGUUAAGGAAAACGGACCAACAGACAAACGUAACCGAAGAUAAGAUGCAGGAGUAUAUAAAAACAUUGAAUCGUAAAAAGAAUAAUAAGUUGAAAACAGGUGAUGUUAUUUCAGUUAAUAUUGAUUCCAACAAGAAGGAAAGGCUUAAUUUGUUAAGGCAACAGAUGGAGGAGAAUAAGGCCAAAUUAGCUGAAAGGGGUAAAAGUCAAAAAGGGCUUGAAGAAAUGGUUUCACAACUUACUGUACAGUUAAAUGAUUCACAGAAUUUAAUCAGUCAAAGUUCAUUAAAUUUAUCAAUACAAGAGGGAAAAUUAGUUGAUUAUUCUAGAAAUACAUCACAAGAUGAGUUAUAUAACAUUCUUUUAACAAAAGAAAAAAAAAUUACUGAAUUGGGUGUAAAGGUACAAAAGUUAGAGGGGAAUGUUUUGGAUUUAGAAGAAAAUUUAAAAGAAAAAGACUCUGUUAUUGAUGCUAGGACAAAAGCUAUAACAUUAAUGACAGAAUCGUUAAACAAAAAAGGAAAAUCCACUUUGGAUGAAUUAGAUGAAACCAAAGAGCAAAUGAAAAAAAUGCAGGAAAAUUUUGUUUCUUUGGAACAAGAUAUGAAAUCAAGACAACUCAAGUUACUUGAAGAUCUUAAAAUGAAGAACAAUGAAAUAUUGGAUCUUCAAGAGUUAAAUGAGAAGCUUGAAAAUGAGAAGGAAGAACUCAAAAAUCAUUUGAAAGAAAAACUAAAAAUUAUAGAAGACCUAAAGAUAGAAGAAACUCCCAAAAAAGAAGCAAGUCCCAAAUCUUCACCUAGUAGAAACAGAAAAAACAGAAAGGGCAAAAAUCAGAAAAAAGAAACUACCCCACCUGCUGAAGAUAUUGAUGUCAGCAAAAUAACAUCAGAGCUGGAAGAAAUGAAGAAACAAAAUGAAGAUUUGCUAAAGAAAAACGUUGAUAUCACCAAAAUAAUAUCAGAACUUGAGGAAUUGAAAAAGUUAAAUGAAGAUUUGCAGAAGAAGAACCUUGAUAUUGCUGAAGAAAACAACACCCUCAAAGAAAGAUGCCAAAAUAUAAUGGAAGAAAACGAAGGUUUUGUGAAGAAAAUCAAAAUUUUAGAGCAAGAAACAACUGAAAGUUUGGAAGAAUUAAAUCAGCUCAAAGAUAAAAUGCGCGAAAAAAUCAUCACUGAUUCUUCAUCGAGUACAACUGAAGAAAGUGAGGUUGCUAAAUUUAAGAAACAAAUUGAAGAGAACAAUAAGAAUAUGAUUAAAAUUAAGGCUCAAAAUAACAGCAAAAUAAAAGAACUAAAUAAAAAAUUGAACACAUUCAAGAAGAUGAAUGAUGCCAAUGCCUUAAUUCUUCAAUUGCAAAAUGAAAACUCCAAGUUGGAACAAAAAAUCGCAGAAUUGGAAGAUGAAAAGGGCAAUCUUCAAUUAAAGAUGGUGGAGUCCACUGAAUCAGUUAAAGAUGAACCUUUAAAAGAAAUAAUCUCAAAGCUAGAGGUUGAUAAAAAAGAUCUUGAAGAAAAAAUAGAAACAUUACAAGAAAAAAUAUCAAGUUUCACUCAAGUGCAAACUCAACAAGUACAAUCAGAAAUAUCAAGCAUUCAGUUUGAAGAAAAACUGGACCUAAUAGAAAAAGAAAAGGAAGCUGUUAUAACAGAAAAAGAAGAUCUUGAAUGUAAAUGUACAGAACUAACAGAAAAAUUGGAAAGUUUAACAAAAGAAAAAACUGAAUUGAGUGCCAAACUAGAGAACUACAUUCAAGAAAACAUGGAACUUAUUGAUAAGUUAGAAAAACUCUCAGCAGAAAAAGUAUCUUCAGCAGAAAGCAUAGAAAUAGUUGAAGGUCUAACCCUUCAAGAAAAACUUGAUUUUGCUGCAUAUGAGAAAAAUAUGGAAGUUUCUGAAGAUCUAAGAAUGGAAUCCUCAGAUACCCCCUUGGAUCAAUCUUCAGAGCCACCAGAAGAACUCAACCAAACUGUUCUUCAACUAAAUGAAGAAACAACAGAACUCCUUCAGAAAAUUGAGAUGUUUAAUGUGGAAAGAAAGGAGGUUAUGUUGAAAUUGGAUGCUCUUAAAGAAGAAAACGAAAAAUUAAUGGAAGAUUUGAAGGAGUUUGAGAAGAUUAAGGAAGAAAAUUCGCAAAUGAGCGUCCAACUGAAGCAAGUUGAGAAUAAUAGGGAUGUUCUUGAAGAAACUUACGAGCAAUUGCAGACUGAGAAGGAAGUUUUAGAGAAAGAAAAAGAUGAUUUAAUAAAACAACUAAAAAAUGCUACAAUUAGUGAUAGAUUAAAGGACCUACAGCAUAAAUGUGAAGAUUUGAUUAAAGAAAACGAAUCACUAAAAAAAUCUCUUAAAAAAGCAAAUGAAGAUGUGUCGGAAAAAGAUACAGACCUCCUCAAAAAACUCAGUGAAGCCAAAACCGAAUCCUUAACCCUUGAAGCAAAACUUAAAGAUUGUCUUGAAGAAAUCGAAAACUCCAAGGUAGUAAUAGAAGAAAAUAAAGAAGAAUUGAUUAAUUCCUCAAAAAUAAUCAACCAAAUGCAAGUCAAAAUAGACGAAAAAGAAGAAAUUAUAAAAGAAGAUAAACAACAACUAGAAGAAAUGACCAACAACAUAGAAGAUCUUAAUGAUACUAUAAAUGAAUUAAAGAAAUUACACGAAGAUAAAGAUGAAGAAAUAGACGUUAAAUACAACGAAAACAUAAACAAUUUGGAAGAGCAAUUGAAAGAAUUAAAGGAAUCUUUGAGUAGUCAGAUUGAACAAGCUGAUGAGUAUGAAAAAGAGUUGAAUGAAUGUCACGAAAUUAUAACCAAAUUAAAUGCAGAAUUGAAAGAGUUGAAUUUAAGAGUUGCAAAUUAUCAGGAAAUGUUGCAAAAUAAAGAUAAAGAACUUGAAAAGUAUACUGAAGAUAUUUCUGAGCAAGAAUCUUUCAUCAAGGGUUUGGAAAAUAGCAUCCAUGAGAAAAAUAAUGAACUGAGUAAUAAAGAAAAAAUGGUUGUCAACUUAACCCAAACUAUAUCAGAAAAGGAUGAGAAGUUUAACAAUUUAACCACAGAGUUGACAGAAAAAUUCCUGAAUUUACAGCAGCAAAUGAAUAGCAAUAAUGGAGUCCUAGAGGGAAAAAUAAUUGAAUUGCAAACCAAAAACAAAGAAUUGUUGGAAAAAUUAAAGAAAUACGCCGCCAAUUUGAAGAAGAAGACUCAGGACUACAAAGAUUUAGAAGCCAAAUUAGCUUUAAAUGACAAUCAAGAAUUUAAAAAACAAAUGAGUGAAUUGCAAACAAAUCUAGAAAAAUUAACGCAAGAAAAGCAAGAGUUAGAAUCCAACAAUGUUCAACUACAAAACACAAUUUUAAGCCUCAAAGAAGAAAGAACCAACGAAAAAGAAAACACUCUUAGUUUGAAGCAAGAGUUCUCCAAUAUCCACGAAAAGAGCGACGAUUUUGAUAAUGCUGAUCUCGCCAAGGAUUCCAAAAUAAAAGAACUUGAAAUGAUAAUAGAAACACAGGAAAAUGAUAUGGCUGAGUAUAGAGAGAAAAUUAGUAGGUUGGAAGAAGGUAUUUCAGUAUUGGAAGAACGAAGAUUAAGUUUGGAAAGGACGAAUGUUGCUCUUGGAGACAAGCUUACUGAAAGUAGUAUAUCAUUUGAGGAGAAAUCUUUGGAGGAAGAGCAGUUAGAGCAAAAAAUGGGGGCUUUAAUACAAAAAGAUGAUGAGUUGACUAAGAAAUUAGAUAAUUUAUCUAUGGACAAUGAAGAGUUAACUCUAAGAAAUACGGAAUUGUGUCAAGAACAAUGUAAAUUGGUAACAAAAAUAAACGAUUUGGAAACCCAGCUAUGCAAUGCUCAGCAAGAUCUAGAAUUUACAAAAGUUGAGCUACAAAAACCAAUUAGCAAUCUGGAAAAUCAAAUUAGAAUUCUACAGAACGAAAAGGAUAUGUUUGCUAAAAAAUACAAGGAAGAAUCUGAAAAAUACGAAAACGAAAUACAAAUCCAAAUGGAAGAAUUAAUGAACAUCAAAAACGAACUCACCAUCCAAAAUGAAAAACUCCUCGAAACUGUGCAAGACCUCAGCGAGAAAAACAACGAACUACACAGCCAAAUAGAAGACUUAAAAGAAAAACUAGAAGACACCACCAAAUCAGACCAACUUCAAGACCAAAUAAAGCAACUUAAAAACACCGAAGCACUUUUAAAACAAGAAAUUGAAGAUCUCAAAAUCGACCUCCUGAAAAAAACUGCCAUAGAAACAGUUGAUGAAGUCAUCACCGAAGCUAAAUCGCAAGUAGAUUCGAAAGAACCCGAAGUUAAAGCUGUCCCUACCUUCAACUGGGACAGCUUUAACCCUCAGCAGCAAACCGAAGCUAACGACUGGUUUGCUGUUCAAGAAACCGCACAAAAGCAACAUGCUGAAGCUAGUCAAGCUGAAAUUAAAGCCCCAGUGGAUAAUACCAGUGAAGAGCUUCAGAAAAAGAUCAAAACCUUGGAGUUUAUGCUAUAUAAUGUUGAAAAAGAGAAGGAUAACGCUUUACUACAAUGCCAUGGGCUAACCAAUGAGUUAACACGUUUGGUGUAUGAAAGAGAGCAAAAUAUUCCUCCACUAGGUGGAAAUCUGGAUGGUUUGGAGGCCCAGGUUGUCUCCAUUGAAGAUACUACAGAUAAUAAAGACUUAAGAGGUUUAGAAUUUGAAGCUACUAGGUCAGUUAAAGUAGGUAAUGCUGAAGUACCAAUAGUUGAAGAUUUAGUUAUGAAGAAAGAAGCAUACAAAUGCUUUAUAGAUGAAGAAAGACUAGAAAGUAUUCCAGGUUUGGAAGCACAAAUAGUGCCAAUGGGUGAAGACAUUGACGAUAUUACAGCACUGCGAAGUUCUGAAUUCGAACCUACAUUAAGUUACCAUGAAGCUAAUCCAAACGCACCAAUUGUUGAAGAUUUAGCAAUGAAAAAAGAAGCAUACCAAUGCUUUAAAGCUGGUGAAGAUGAUGCUAGACCAGAAGAUGGUCUUAAGGAUAGCCUUGAAUCACAAAUAGUAUCAAUGAGUGACAGUAUGGAUGACAGAAGAGCUCUACAAAAUCUGGAAUUCCAACCAACCUCUAAUUAUCAUGAAGCUAAUCCUGAAUCACCAAAUUUUGAAAAUUUAGCAAUGAAAAAAGAAGCAUACCAAUGCUUUAACCCUACUGAAGAUAAUGUAGCACCAAAGAAUACUUUUGGUGAUCCCCAAGGUUCUUCAUCUUUAGAAGGCCUAAUUGUGGACGAUAACGAUGAUGGUUGGGGUUGGGGCCCUGAAGAAGCCAAAAAAGAAGAAGCCUACAUGCUGAAAACAUCCGCCGUAACUGAAAUAAGCGAGCUGAAAUCACAAGUCGACUCCCUGAAUGAGCAAGUGCGAGUUUUCCAGUUGGAAAGGGAAAGUCACCUUGAGGAAAUUAAACAAUUGCAAGUUAAGUCUGGUAAAUUGAUUAAAAAGUGUAAGGAAUUUAAGUUAAAGUAUGAGCAAAUCAGUAAAAAGGAGUCAUCAGCAGCUGUAUCUAAAGAUGAUGACUUUUUUAACUUGGAUAACGCGAUACAGGAAGAAUUAAAGGUGCAAGUUGAAAGACUGGAGAAGACUGUAAAAGAUGUCACUUCUGAGUUGGAAAAAGAAAAGUUGGAAAAAUUGAUGUUAGUUAAAAAAGUUGACACUCUUACCACUGCGAACGAAAAAUUCGUCGAAAUUAAGGAAAGACAAGAUUUUGAACUGAUGAAUUUGCAAAGAAAAUACGACGAACUUCAAAAUGCAGAUUGGGGUAAUCCAAAUGUUACCCCAGAGAAAAAAACUGUAAAAUUUGAAAAUACGAAUGAAGAAAAUAGUCGGAAAUAUGAAGAAUGUCGUCUGCAAGUUGAAGAAUUAAAAGAAACAAUUAAAGAUAUAAUGCUUGAUAACGAAGAGUUGCAAUCUUUGCUGGAAGAACAGAAAAAUCUAAGAAAUAAAGCUGAGAGUAAGCUAAAGAACCUCACGGUUGCUCAGGAUAAUGUAAGAAGUGAGGAAGAGUUUAUAGAUGUUUGUAAUGAAAAACAAAAAUUGGAGAAAGAGUUAGAAAACAUAAAGGUACAGAACAGACAACUUGAAAUAUCAUUGAAAAGCAACAAAAACCUUGAAGAUGAAUAUUCCGUAUUACUUAACACAAAAAACGAUUUUGAAAAUCAGUUACAACAACUUAAAGACAACUCAAAAACUAUACAAGAGUAUGAAGUUUUACUAAACGAAAGAAAUAACUUAAAAGAACGAUUCGAUGAUUUAAAUCAAAGAUAUGAAGAUGAGGUAUUGGAUAGGAGUAACCUAGAGGCGAGAUACCAACAUGUAGGAACGAAUUAUGAGAAUAUAACCAGGGAAAUAACUGAGCUGAGGAAUGAUAAGGAGGAACUUUUGAGUGAGGUUUCAAAUAAGGAUGCUUUAUUGGAGAAUAUAAUGCAAGAGAAGUUGGAAUUGGAAAAUCAAGUGAGGGUUUUGGAGGAUAGAGUGGAGGAAAUUGUGAUUUUGCAGGACAAAAUCAACAUUUUAAAAGAAAAGAAUCAGGAUUUAGCCAACCAAUUAUCCAAAAGUGAUGCUGUUGUUCAACAAAGUUCAGUCUUUGAAGUAAACAACCCAGCUUCAUUUUUCGACGAAAUUGCCAUACCAACUGAAGAAAAACAUCCUGAUAAUGAAGAAACACUUAAACCACGUUCAGAAGUAUCAGAUCUAGAAAAUAAGUUGCUAGAUACAAGUGAACAAAACCAAAAUCUGAACUCCCAAAUACAAGAACUGAAGUGUGCCAAUACCGCUUUGCUGGAAAACGAGCAGCAACUACUGGCAACGUAUCAAAAGAACCUGGAAAUUACAGUGGAAGAUUUGAAUAAAAAAUGGGAAGAAGAGUGCAUCAACAGAGGAGACGUCAUAGCUGAAACAUGGAAGCUACAUCUAGAGACGGUGGAAACGGAAUUCGCGCAUGUACGCAACAAGCUACAGGUGGAAGUGAACGAUUUGGAGGAGAAAUGUAAUGGUUUGGUGAACGAAAAUAACGAAUUAAGGAAGAAUGUGGAUGCUGAAAUCAGGAAUGAGGUGGACAAAAUUUCGGCGUUGCAGUUGCAAAUAACAAACGGUCAAAAAUCAAUUGCGGAGUUGUCAACUUUACUGCAACAAAAGGAUAUUGAUUAUCAGCAUCUACAAAACACUGUUAUGAUGUUGCAAAGUGAAGUUGAUCAGUACAAGGUAUUACUGCAAGAAAAAGAAGCUAAACUGGACGGUAUAAAUGUUGUAAUUGAAACCACUAUGAAACAAUUCGAUGAGAAACGAGAGGUUGUAGAGGAAGUAGUGAAAAUUUUGGAGAAAAAUGCUGGAUACGUAUUGAGUUUUGAUAAAUUAGACAUUGUAAGUGAACUAGAGCAACAAUUAGGGUCUAAAAAUGCCAAGCUACAGGAACAUUCUGCUGUAGUAAAGAAUCUUGAAGAAACAAUAUCAGAUUUAACGCAAAAACUGAAUACUUUGAAAGAAAUAAAAAAAGAUAACAAAAAUUUGGAAUUGGAGUUAAACCAAGCUAAAUCCGACUUGUUGAUGCUUCAAAACUCACUGCAAGAAACACAAAGAAGCCUGUUUGAAACCGCUCAAAACUACAGCGAAAAAUCUAAAGCAUUUGAUGAUCUACUAUUGGAAAUGCAAAAUUUGGAGGAAUAUAAAGUUAAACUAGAAAAAUUAGAAAAAGAACAUUCUACUUUAGCAAAGAAUCUUGAAGAAUCUAAUCAACAAAUAUCUGAUUUGACGCAAAAACUGCUUGCUUUAGAAGAUAUGAAGAACGAUAGCAAUAUUGGUGUUCACAAUUUGGAAUUGGAGUUAAACUCUCUGGAAAAAACACAAAAAAGCCAAAACUACAGCGAAAAAUCUAAAGCAUUUGAUGAUCUAUUACUGGAAAUGCAAAAUCUACAAAAACUGUAUCAAAGUAAAGAAAACGAAUGCCUUAAUUUACAAAGUUUAUAUGAAGAUAAAUGUCAGGAAUCAUCACAGUAUGUCGAGGAAACAUACAAAACCCAAAUCAGACAACUGGAAAAUCAUUAUGAGAACAUCCUGAUGGAAAAGCAAAACGAUUUUGACGCCUUAAAGUCCAUGAACGAAGACUACCAAAUGCGAAUAGAAACCCUUAAAUCCUCUGAUCAAAAACUACAAGAACAUCAACAAUUCGAACUGAAAUGUGCCGAAUUAGAGCACCACAUAGGAGAAUUAAACGCGUAUAUUCAAGGCCAGAAUGAAAGAAUAGAGCAACAGAACUUAACAAUUGAAGAAAGCAACAAGCAAGUUGAAGAUAUGCAGGUUAUUAUCGAGCAACAAGUCGCCAAAAUUGAGGAAUUGAGGAAGGAAGUUUUCAGUAAGAGUAACGAGUUUGAUUCAUUUGUUGCACAAAUGGAGAAUAUUAUACCUGGUGGUACAAUAACCAAACAACCUCUAGCUUUGCCUGACAAAACUCCAGAAGGAGAGGAAUCCGUAAGCGCAGCAGAACACGAUCUGGCUCUCUACAUGCUCCAUCAACGCGACGUCAGAUGCGAAGAGCUUACCGAAGAACUAACGCAUCUUUUAGAAGAAAGAGAUCUCCUUCAGCUACGCCUAUCCAUCGCGAUCCGCGAAAAAGAAGAAAUGCGCAAAAAAACCGUCGAAGACGCGGCAACAACGCACGGCGCGUCCACUACCGGUUUGCAGGCAAGCCCUAGCAAAUCCGGCGCCAUUUUCAUGGCCGCAUCCGGUAUAGAGAUGGGGAAAGAGCCGCUAGAGGAGGAGGGGCAAAAUCUGGCCACCAAGUUGUCAGAAUUGAAGAGCGUGGGUUAUAAGAAGGAUAAAACGUUCGUAGACGAAAAAGAGUUACGAAAAAUUCAACAGUUGGCAAUAAUGCAGGAACAUAUGAACGAAGCUUCAAAAUUACCCGCUGAAGCUGCGCAAAAAUUAGUUGAUGCUAGUUAUACGUUGUCACGAGAUGUACAAAGUCCGUCAAAAGUAUUGUUAAACUGGUUGUGGGGAAGAAGCACUCCAAAAGUAAAUGAUACUUAAAAUGUGCCUGAAUUCCAUGAAAAAAACAAUAGUUUUAAAGAACUGAUAUUUUUGUGUGGAUUUUUUAUGUUAUUGUUGUACGUUUUUAAAUAACUCAAAAACCUAUAUUCACUAGUUAAUGUAUAUAGUUUGUUUAUAUAGUAUGUACAGUUCUUUGAAAGUGCAUUUAACUUUUUAUAUUAAAAAAAAAUAAUAAAUACUGAAGAUUUUAUAAACUGUGUGAACUGUAAAAAUAAAUGUGAUAUACCCAUACA